AGCUGUUGUUCCUUUGAGCUUUUCGUUUUGAAGAGAGUACCCUCAAUGAGCCUUAGUGGGCAUUCACAAGGCUCAAGAGACUCUCAAACUUAGUUAAAAACAUAACCCCUCUUAUAUAUCAGACCCUUACCCCUACUCUCAACUACCACUCUUCUUACUUCUCCCCCACCUCCGCCUUUUUCAAAAGAGCAUUUGUCCCCAAUCUUUCAGUCACUGCCGCAUGUUACAGAAACUCUUUCGCAGCAAGUCAACGGCAAAGGACUUGGACGAUAAAGCUGCAGAGGCUCUUUUGGAUCCCGAUCAGUGGAAAUUAGACCCUAUUGACCCCGACCGAGUUCGAGUUUUACUUUGUCAGGAAGGCAGCAAUAGCAGCAAGUUUGCAUUAUAUGAUUCUCAUCACCCUCCCACCAGUGAAACUGGAUCAGUGCGAAUACCAAAUGAUGUGUCUCGAUCAUGGAAUGGAACUCAGCUUCAUACCAUCGCCAGCAGAGCAAAUGAAAUCGUUGGUUCUCUCGCUGAAGGCAGACGAAGCAGCGACUUUCGAUCCUACAGUGUGAAGACACUACCGUCCGUAUCGAGCCAUGAUGGUCUGUCUCAGCAACGCAAGCAAUAUCGGAAAUUGGACAUCAUUGGAGACAUGAUAUUUGGAGCCACUCCUUUGGCUUACAAAGGGACCAGCACCAAAAUCCAUUACAAACGAGAUAAGCACCCACAAAUCAUCUUGACCAACCUUUUUACCAUCAAUCCUCGCGAGCUUGAAAACCAACCUAUUCGCCGUGGUUCAUUUUCGUCUGUCAACAGUGAUAUGUCAUUUUCGUCAUCUGCAAGUGGGCCAUAUAUGGAUGGCACGACGAUAUUUGGGCCUCGAUUAUCGCACCGCCCAUCCAUUUCCAGACCUCACUCCAUUGUGGAUGACAGUCCCGAAUUGUCGAGUGAUGAUGAAUCUUCUCGAUAUUCUUCUGUUUCACCUUUCGCUGAACAAUUAUUUGGACGGUCACCGAAAUCCCGAAGAUCUUUAAAUAGCAAACGGUCUCGUCGCUUCAGUCAAACCAGCAUUGAAGACGGAACGUUCAACCCAACCCCUCUUCCCAAUACACGUACGUAUGAUGUGGUGGAACCCAGUACUGUACGCCAUCCCUCAAGGUCUAUCAAAUAUGCAUUGGCUGUGGUCAUCACCCUAGAUAAUUCAGAAACACAUCCACUUUUGGAUCUUAUUUUUUCCCACUUCGCUGUCAUUGAAAACAAACUCCACCAACUUCAAGUCGUUGCUUUCAAGUUGCUCUGUAAUCAUUUUCGACGAUCUUCACCAAGACAAAUGCAUUUGAGCGGACUUAAUUCAAUUUUUGCUCAACCACAGCGCAGAAGUCGAGGAAGUUUGCCUUUUUUGUCAGCAAACACCUUUCAAAACGACCCCAUCUUAUUGGAUGCCGUUGCCAAAUUCAAAGACUCCAUAUGUUCACUCUAUAACACCCCAAGAAUUCAGGUAAGCUACCUGAAUAACUUUCAUGCAAAGUUACAUGUCACUCAGUCAUCCUGCAGGAACCACUAUGGCUAAACAUGUCAACAUUUUCACAUCGACGGCCCGAGUAUGCGAAUCAUCUUUUGCGCGAGUUAACCAACCUUAUGGACCUGUACGACAAUCGGGCGCAAAACUUCUUGAUAUCCACAAUGAUGACCGCCGUUUUAACAUAUCAUCUUUCGUGGGUGCCGACGAUACGACCGCCUGAAGAGAGCA